AUGCCUCCACCAACUCCAUCCCCUCUAUGCCUGUACCAACUCCAUCCCAUCUUUGCCUCCACCAACUCCAUCCCCUCUAUGCCUCCACGAACUCCAUCCCCUCUAUGCCUCCACCAACUCCAUCCCCUCUAUGCCUCCACCAACUCCAUCCCCUCAAUGCCUCCACCAACUCCAUCCCCUCUGUGCCUCCAGCAACUCAAUCCUCCCUAUGCCUGUACCAACUCCAUACCCUCUAUGACUCCAACUCAAUCCCAUCUAUGCCUCAACCAACUUCAUCCCGUCUGUGCCUCCACCAACUCCAUCCCCUUUAUGCCUCCAUCAACUCUAUCCCCUCAAUGCCUCCACCAACUCCAUCCCCUCUGUGCCUCCAGCAACUCCAUCCCCUCUAUGCCUCCACCAACUCUAUCUCCUCUAUUCUUCCACCAACUCCAUCCCCUCUAUGCCUCCACCAACUCCAUCCCCUCUAUGCCUCCACCAACUCCAUCCCCUCUAUGCCUGUACCAACUCCAUCCCAUCUAUGCCUCCACCAACUCCAUCCCCUCUAUGCCUGUACCAACUCCAUCCCAUCUAUGCCUCCACCAACUCAAUCCCCUCUAUGCCUCCACCAACUCCAUCCCCUCUAUGCCUCAACCAACUCCAUCCCCUCUAUGCCUCAACCAACUCCAUCCCCUCUGUGCCUCCACCAACUCCAUCCCCUCUAUGCCUCCAUUAACUCUAUCUCCUCUAUGCCUCCAUCAGCCCCAUCAACUAAAUCUUCCCUAUGCCCCUCUCAACUCAAUCAACUCCAUCUCUCCUCCAUGCCUCCAUCAACUUCUUCAACUAAAUCUCCUCUAUGCCCCAACCAACUCCAUCAACUCUAUCCCCUCUAUGACUCCAUCAACUCUAUCCCCUCUAUGA